UGGGAGGGGCUCCGGACCCCGUUCUCCGGCCGCUGAGUUCUCACUCACCCGUUCGGCAUGGCCUCCGUACUGAAGCGGGGGCCGCUCCUCGUCGUUAGCGCUCUGUCCGUGUUUUUCUUUCUCAUCGUUCUGCGGCUGAGAAACGAAAUGAACUUUUUGAAGCUGAUGAGCUGCUUUGGACGGACCGGUUCCGGGUGCGUUCCGGCCUCCGACGCUCUGCGCCACCCACCCACCUAUCACAGCGGCUACAUUAACAUCGGAACGCACGAGCCUCUCCAUCUGGACUGCGAUGUUUGCGCCGUCGUCUCCAACUCGGGUCAGGUUCUCGGUCAGAAGACGGGACCCGAAAUUGACCGGGCGACCUGCGUCUGGCGGAUGAAUAACGCGCCGACCAAAGGCUUCUCCGAAGACGUGGGCGAGAGGACGACGGUCCGGGUGGUCUCUCACACCAGCGUCCCCCUCCUGCUCAGGAACCCGGAGCAUUUUUUCAAGGAGGCGAACGGCACGGUCUACGUGGUUUGGGGUCCUUUCCGGAACAUGAGGGCCGACGGGAAAGGGAUCGUGUACAACAUGUUAAAAAAAACUCUGCAAAGCUACCGAGACGCAAAGGUCUACGUGACGAGCGAAACGCGCAUGAAUUACUGCGAUGAAGUCUUUAAGAAAGAAACCGGAAGAGACAGAGUCCAGUCCGGGUCUUACCUCAGCACCGGUUGGUUCACCCUAAUCCUCGCCAUGGAGGCGUGCGAGAGGAUCCGGGUCUACGGGAUGAUUAACGACACCUACUGCAGGACGGGGGGCUUUCGGAGGGUCCCGUAUCAUUACUACGAGCCGGGCCGCGACGAGUGCGACGAGUAUCUCCUGCAUGAGAACGCGGCACACGGAGGACACAGGUUUAUCACCGAAAAGCGAGUGUUCGCCAAGUGGGCAAAGCUGCACAAUAUAACGUUCACUCACCCAGACUGGGCAGCGUGACCUCCACUCACAGGGUUC